AUGGCUGAGCUGGAAGUGGCCGAGAGUUACCGGGCGGCACGUCAGGCGGCGGCGCAACGGAAGUACGACCAGUGCGGUGUGUUUCUUCGCAUUGCUAUUUCGCAGGUGGAGCGCCAUCUGAAUCGCCUGGCCAUUAAAAUGGCUUUGAAAUUGAAUUUGGAGCGAGUGAAUGGAGUUGGGGACAUUGUAGCGCAAAUGCGUCAAAUGGCCAGCUCAUCGACGGCCUCAUCGCCAGUUGAUGCGCCACCAAGUGACCCGGAUGUGUGGCCUCUACCGAAGAAAACCGCCCCCACGCCACGUCCCAAAAACGUCACCAGAAAGCAGCAACAGCAGCAGCAGAGCGCAUCGCGUGCGGUGGACACUAAGGCCAAGAAAACAGCCAUCGGCAAGUCGUUCAGUCAGAAUACAAUCGUGCGAAACUCGGGCAAACGAGCGAACUCAAAGCAGCAACAGCAGCAGCAGAGCGCAUCGCGUGCGGUGGACACUAAGGCCAAAAAAACAGCCAUCGGCAAGUCGUCCAGUCAGAAUACAAUCGUGCGAAACUCGGGCAAACGAGCGAACUCGUUGGGACGAAGCUCACUGAAUGAGCCGGCCGAUGCUGCGCUCAAAGAAGAAACUGAUUCCAAUAGCAGCAAAAAUGCCACUGAGAAAGUUUUCGAGGAUAAGGGAUACGAUAAAGAGCUGGUCGAAGUGAUUGAACGAGACAUUAUGCAGAACAGGCCUGAUGUUCACUGGGACAACAUCGCCGGCUUGGAGGAAGCAAAAAAAUUGUUGAAAGAAGCGGUUAUCCUGCCUUCCGUUAUGCCAAAUUUUUUCAAGGGUAUUCGGCGGCCGUGGCGUGGUGUUUGCAUGGUUGGUCCUCCGGGAACGGGCAAAACAUUGCUUGCAAAGGCUGUUGCAACGGAAAGUCAGACAACAUUCUUCUGUGUAUCUUCCGCUACACUCACCUCAAAAUAUCGCGGCGAUUCUGAAAAGCUUGUCCAGCUCCUUUUUAAAAUGGCUCGUUUUCAUGCGCCAUCAACAAUUUUCAUCGAUGAAAUAGAUAGUUUAUGCAGCAGGCGAGGCGGCGAUAGCGAACACGAAGCAUCGAGACGCGUGAAGUCAGAGCUCCUCACUCAAAUGGAUGGUUGCUCGCCGGAUGAGCAGCAAGUGCUUGUUUUGGCUGCUACAAAUUUUCCAUGGGAUUUGGAUGAGGCACUAAGAAGACGCCUUGAAAAACGAAUAUAUAUCCCAUUACCGGAUAAAACCAAUAGACUACAACUGCUGAAGCUGGCCUUAGCUGAAGUUACCGUGGCAGAAGAUGUCAAUUUAGAAGAGGCACGUUUUGCUUUAAUCGUCAAAAAAGCAUCAAAUAAGUCUAAACUGCUAAUUGAUGAAACCGCAGGAAUCACUCGUUUGAUAAUCGUCCAGGAUUUAGACAUUGAUGAGGAUUAUUUUGAGACCAAUGGCGUGGCGGUACAGUGGACUAGUGCCAGUUCUCGAGUCGCUGAUCGGUUAGCUGGCUACUCGGGCGCCGAUGUUACAAAUGUCUGUCGUGAAGCAGCAAUGAUGAGCAUGCGUGCACGCAUUGCAAAUCUAACAGCCGAAGAGAUCAAGGCUUUGGCGCAGGAGGAAGUCGAUUUACCGAUCACCUCGGACGAUUUCUCUCACGCCAUACAAAAUACAUCACCAUCGGUGUCGUAUGCUGAUGUGCAGAAAUAUGAGAAGUGGAUACACGAUUUUGGCGCCGCAUAG